UACUGUCAGCCAGGCGGCGUCAGUGCUGUGUAGUUGUGGUAGUCGGGUAACGAAGACGUGGCUUCCAUAACGUCAAGGAGCUGAGGGGAUUUAAUCUAUAUAUAUAUAUAUAUACACAUUUAUAUUGUUCACGCUAGGGUUAAAAAAAGUAGUUUACUUUUCAGCUAUCAUGGGUCUGAGGAAGAAAAGCAAAAACCCGGCCGUCUUCAGUCAUGAGUUCGUGAUCCAAAACCAUGCGGACAUCGUGUCGUGCGUCGCAAUGGUGAUUCUGCUGGGGCUGAUGUUCGAGGUCACAGCCAAGUUUGCAAUCAUGUUUAUAACUGUGCAGUACAACGUGACGUACACGGAUGUAGAUGAGGGAAAUGAUUCUAUCAGCUACUACGUAUAUGGGUUUAAAGACUUAGCCACCGUAUUCUUUUAUAUGUUGAUAGCUAUCAUUCUACAUGCUGUGAUACAAGAGUAUAUUUUGGAUAAAAUAAACAGACGACUGCAUUUGUCCAAAACAAAGCACAGUAAAUUUAAUGAGUCUGGCCAACUUGCCUUCUUCUAUUUGUUUUCUUUUGUCUGGGGAGGAAGCAUAUUGACUGGAGAAAAAUUUACGACAGAUCCUACUCUCUUAUGGGAAGAAUAUCCACACACACAAAUGUUUUUUCAGGUGAAAUUUUUCUACAUUUGCCAGAUUGCCUAUUGGCUCCAUGCGUUACCAGAGCUCUACUUCCAGAAAGUUAGAAAGGAGGAUAUCGCUCGACAGCUGUACUACAUUUGCCUUUACAUAUUCCAAAUCACUGGUGCCUAUAUAUUAACCCUCCACAGACUGGGCCUGAUACUUUUGGUACCGCAUUACCUGGUAGAGCUUUUGUUUCAUGCAUCACGACUAUUUUACUUCAGUGAUGAAAACAAGCAAAAAGGCUUCACCCUUUGGGCUCUGCUUUUUGUAAUGGCCCGUCUUCUCACUUUGACUCUAUCUGUCCUCACUUUUGGCUUUGGCCUGGCAAGAGCAGAGGAUCAAGAUUUUUCAAUAGCAGAUGGAAAUUUCAACACACUGACUGUCAGGAUUAGUUGCCUGGCAGCUAUUUGUCUAACUCAAGCAUGGAUGAUGUGGAAGUUUAUUAACUUCCAGCUGAAGAAGUGGAGGGAACACACUCAGAAUCAGAUCCCUAAAAAGAAAGUAGUUAAUACCAAGAACAAACCAUCAAAAAGGGAAUGUAACAAGUCGAAUGCAUCGAAUGGAACAUUGAAGACAGAAAGUGGAACAUCGCCACGUGCAAGGAAAGCAAAAGCUUCAUGAAAUUGGAUUUUAAAAUGGGAGCUUUCUGAAACAAAACUGAUAAUUUCAUCUGUUCAUCAUGUCUCGCCCUUGAACCAUUCAACUUUCUUUUUCUGCUAAUCAGAGUUGAGCAAAGAAGUUGAUGACAAAUCCCUUAUGAGAAGCUCUUCUGGUUAUAUGAUAUGAAAUUAUGUCUGAAAUGGAGCUGUGUUUCAAGUUUUCAAAUGAUUUGGCUCUACUCUGAUAUGCAAUUUAUUUUUGUGUUUUCAGUUUUGGAAUGAUCUUUCAGAUAGGAAGGUAGCUGUGGUAAAUAGGGUGAGAGAGAAUUCAGCCAAUUUGGAUGCAUGUACCAAAAGCAUGUUACUAAUGUAACAGACACAAAACUUUUGUGUUUGCCUUAACGACAUGUUUGGAAUCAUGCAUUAGAUUAUCUUGUUAACUGGUGAUUACGUUUGUCACAACUUGCAUUUUGUUUAUUCAUUAAACCCUUUCUUCACCCCCCCCAAUGUUUUUUCUCUUUGCUUUUUUUUGAGGGAUUGCAAAAACAUGACAGACUGUAACAAACUUCACACAUGUUCAAGCAUGCGAUUUUUCAGAUUUCUUUGUACUGUAUUUCCCUCAGUAUCCAAAGGAGAGCUCUGCCUCACUCACCAUUACUGUGUAACAGUCUUCUGUGUUACAGUAAACAUACUUUGAUCUCAAGGAUACAAUAGUAUAUCAUUGAGCAAUGGUCAUUUCAUAGGUACAUAUGUUGUCUAAUUAAAUGUAAUUUCUAUUGCUGUAGAGCACUGCAACUCAUUGGGGCACUGUAGGAUCUUUUUACAAGAUUGAUUAAUGCUGCCACUAAUGUCUGAACAUUUCGUAAACAGUUUUACUUUGAUAAUUUAAGGAAAAUCUUUUGGGUGUGUUUGACUUCCAUCCCUGAAGACUCUCCUCAGUUCUUAUUCAGCUGCAAAGAAUGACCCUCCAGAAACUGCUAUGUUGCAGCAACAAUAUAACUUAGCAAAAUAUUACUGUGGGGGAGUUUAUUUUGAAAGCUAAUUGAGCACCACAAUCCAUUGUUAUAUGUUGUGUAUUCUUCAUCAUUUUAGUAACUUUAAGAUUGUCAAAGUAGUGCUUUGCCGAUUAGAUGCAUGAUGGAGACUGUGCCUUAACGUGACAAAUGUUGUCUACUUCUGUACUCUUAAUACGACAAGGCAUCAAAAUAUAACUACUAUGUCAGCACUGUUGAUUCUUUCAUCUCAAACAAAAACAAACUUAUACCUUCUCAUAUUUUAAUAGUAUUUUUUUAAAGAUUGUUUAUUUUAAUCAAAUAAAAGUGUUUUGCUGUUCUAAGAUGUCAGAUCUGGAACUAGCUUGUAUUUAAUAACAAUUGUCACCAAAACUAUUUUACAUGACAGAACUGAGAAUUAUUUUAAAACAGUUUAUUUUCCCAGAACAUGCUUCAUUUGGAAUUUGCCUUGUUCCAUUAUGUUUUCUUUUAGGAAUUAAGCAAUUCAAAGAGCUCUUUCUCUCAGGACAUUCUUCUUGUUUGGGGCAACUAUUUCAGCAAAUACUUAUUUUAGGCUUCUUUGUCUUAACCAAAAGAUUAUUUGCAAGAUUCUGUCUUUUGGAGGGCUGAAGGAACCUCCAACUCUUGUGCAGCUUUGGAAGUUACAUCAUACUGAUCCCCACUUUGUGGAUAAAGCUGUGUAGUGGGAAGAUGUAUCUUUUUAAUUUGAUGAGCUUCUACCAUAUGCUGUAAUAAGCACAGUCAACUCUCAAUUUUUUUUUAGUGUUUUCAAAGCAGCUGAUAAAUGAAGGCUUGUGUAAGUAUGUGUUUUGUCUUUUGCAAAAUCCUUCACAUGCAUACAUAUUUUUUAAAAAUGAUUGUGUUGGUGGCAUUAAACCAAAUGAGCAUGCAUACAUUCAGUUGUCCAGUUAUUGUAACAAAUCACAUGUACAUACUAAAUUGCCUUAUGUACAAGCCUAUAUGAAAUCAUUUGUAUUGAAUCACUGCAUCUAGACUUAACAUCAUUUUAUCGUAACACAUUCUACAUUCAGAAAUUGUUUGCCAUGUGCCAUAUUGUUAUGUAUGUACAUAAAAAAACAAAUGCAAAUAAAGUACAUUUAUGUACACUCCAUUUAUAUUGAAUCACCAUCUUUGUCAUUUGUACAAAAGAUACUGUAUUCAAACAUUUACACAAUGGCACUGAGUAGAAUACCACUGAGGUAAGUUAAACUUGACCUAAUUUGUCUUUCUAUAAAAAUAGGAAGCUGCAUUGUUCUUGUAAAAUUCUAUGAACAAUUCCAUGAAUUGUUUCCUAAAACAAGGGUUGAGGUAAAUCCCACUAUUUCAUACCAAUUAACACAAUGUGUUGGUGCCCACAUUGGAGCACAGUUCACAUUCCUUUCAUCUGCCCAUUGCUUUGAAUGUUGCAUGUACAAUCAACAUACUUACAGGGAAGUAAAAGUUCUAGUCUUUCUCAAGCUCUUGUGAUUGGAGUUGAGGACAAAGUUUAUGUCCUGCCAUUAAUAGCACUGUUUUCAACCUAUUGUUCUAUCCAGCUCUGGCAAAGGACUGUCUAUAGGAAACAUCCCCUAUAGAUGCCCUAUUGGUGUAUUUGCAUGUUGGCGUUAAUUAAAUUUUCUCUGUAGACUGGAAAAAAUAUGGUUAUUGCUGCACUUGUUAGUGCUAGGGAGACAGGACAUCCUGUGUGACUGAUGGGGUGGGCAGAUUUGAACAGAAUAUUGAUCUUAUCCUUGAGGAAAUACUGAAACUCCAGUGGGAUAUUUCAAAAAGCAGCUGUUUUCCAGCCUAUUUUCUUAAAAGCAUAUAUAAAUUUAAUUGACCCUUUUGGAAAUAAAAAGGACCAUGGGUAAACAACAGCUUAAAUUUUAUUAUGACAUAAAACCUAACCAUUUAGGUGGUUAUAGUGAAAAUCAGUCCUGAAUGUCAGAAGCUUUUCUAAAUUCAGUCAAGUAAAUGUUAAUUUUCUUUUCUAAUACAUUUUGUGAAUCAAUGUAACUGUAAUAGCUUGUUCCUGACACAUUAUUUUUGUGUUCAGACAACUUUAUGAUCAGUGAAGUGAAGGCUAUUUUUCCCUCCACUGGUAAAACAGAACAUAGUUCAAGGUGACUUUUAUUUAAUUCUGCGGAUGUUGUCAUUUGUUAUAUUUAGUUGUGGGUUGUAGAGCACAGUAUUGUGUUUAUUAGUUGCUAUUCCAAACAUAUCUUCAAAUGCCAAACUCUCUGUAAAUGUAUGUUUGGCAGCAGGGUAUUGCAAGUUGAAAAUACAUUUGGAAUCUGUUAUAAAAACCACUUUCUGUAAUUUGAAAAUAAACUUGUUGCCUCAUC